AUGAGUUUGUUUAAUUUUGAAGAAACAAAUACUGCAGCGUGUAUACCAAGGCCCUUCAAAGAUAAGAGAAUGAGAAUAAUGGAUUUCAUCAAUUUCGUACAAAAGCCAGAAUCUGUAAGCUGCACCGUUCAAGAACAUCGUGCAAUGGUAUCUGAGCAGGAAGACGGCGGAUCAACUUCUUCUAAUCAAGCCGUAAAUAAGGCGCAAAACGGAAAUAAUGUCCGACCAAUUGGACAUUUGCUUUGCAACCGAGUGAACCUCCAUAGUAAGGAGAAGGUCUUGAGUGCAAGGUUUGUUGACGGAUAUAAACAUAAGCGGAAGUACAUCAUCACUACGAACUCUUGUGAAAAUAACACUGACAAAUAUUUACAAAUGGUGUGGGAUAAGAAUGUUCAAAUUGUAGUUAUGACAUCUGUAUUCGCGGAGAAGGAUAAUUUCAACCGAUUCUGGAGUUUAAAUGGAAGUACUGUAAUAGCCUGUAACAACUUUCAGAUAGAGACUUUAGAAAUUAUAACAAACCCUCACUUUGUGUUAACCUUGUUGGUUCUCACUGAUCAAAAAGGUCAAGCACGCAAGCUUUCACAUUUUCAGUAUACUGCUUGGCCUGCUGAUAACUUUUCCCAUGACCCAAAGGCCUUUAUAGAUUUCUUUAUUAAUAUUAACAACUUGUACGCUGAUUUAAAAAAGCAUAAGACCUUCAGAAAUCUCGGUCCCAUAAUUGUAGAUUGCAUUGGCAAUAAUAGUAGCUCAGAGGUAUUUUGUGUGCUCGAUAUCUGUGUUACAGAGCUCAAAAAGACUGGACUGCUAUCUAUAGCAAAUGCUGUUAAGAAAGUUAGACAGCAAAAACAUGGUUGUAUGGAUCGAUUAAGUACCUAUGUCUUUUGUUAUCAUCUAAUCCAUACCUAUAUCUUAAUGCAAUAUGAUACAGUUAACAUGUGUUGAAGGCGC